AUUUUUCAUGCUUCUAUGGACGAAUUGGUCGUGACGAGUCAACAGAGCAUGUUACAUUCACUGCUCACCUGCCUACAAUACGAGUGCGUUGUCUGUAGGGUUGGUACAUUGAAGUUGUUUUUCUCUUUAGUUCCGUUAUAUAAAUUCUUUAGCUAUCUUGUCCGAGCCCCUCCCUUUACCCUCCCCCGCUCCCGGCGACAAUAAUAAGGAUAACAGGGAUAUCUGUUUGACUGAUUCUUGUGGUCGAAUAGGUUGGAGUAAACAAAGUGAGAAAGAUCUGUGUACUGUUGAUGGGUUAAGUUCUUUGUUAGUGCUACUGACUGCCUUGUGUGAUUUUUGUAAGAUUUUUAGAGUAAUUGUGUUAGUGGUGAAAGUUAAUGUAGCAAAUUUCAAUACUUUAUGAUUAAUAUUAUUUUGGAUAAGAGGAGCGUUUAUUUUAUGUUCUGUGUUUGCAAAAGUCGAGUGAAAUGUCGAGUGAAUCAGUAAAAACGUUUGCAAGUUUGGAAACUCCAGGAUAUGUUGGUUUUGCAAAUUUACCAAAUCAAGUGCAUCGAAAAUCUGUCAAAAAGGGUUUUGAAUUUACAUUAAUGGUGGUCGGGGAGUCUGGUUUGGGGAAAUCAACAUUAGUAAACAGUUUGUUUUUGACUGAUUUGUAUCCAGAGAGGGUUGUUCCAGACGCAGUUGAGAAGACUCACCAGACAGUGAAACUUGAUGCUUCUACAGUUGAGAUUGAGGAAAGAGGAGUAAAACUGCGUUUGACUGUUGUUGAUACUCCAGGAUACGGUGAUGCUAUUGAUAACACAGACUGUUUUAGAGCAAUUAUACAAUACAUAGAUGAUCAGUUUGAGAGAUUUUUGAGGGAUGAAAGUGGACUAAACAGAAGAAACAUAGUGGAUAAUAGAAUACAUUGUUGUUUUUAUUUUAUCUCCCCAUUUGGCCAUGGGUUGAAGCCUCUGGAUAUCGAGUUCAUGAAGCAAUUGCACAAUAAAGUCAACAUAGUUCCAGUUAUUGCUAAGGCGGAUGUUUUAACAAAGAAAGAAGUUUUGAGACUUAAAAAGAGGGUGAUGGAGGAAAUUGAAGCACAUGGGAUUAAAAUCUACCCUCUGCCUGACUGUGAUAGUGAUGAAGAUGAAGAUUACAAGGAGCAGGUGCGACAAUUGAAGGAAGCUGUUCCAUUUGCUGUGUGUGGUGCUAAUACUUUAUUGGAAGUUCGAGGUCGUAAAGUUCGUGGUCGCUUGUACCCAUGGGGUGUUGUAGAAGUUGAGAAUCCAGAUCACUGUGAUUUUAUAAAAUUACGCACAAUGCUGAUUACUCACAUGCAAGAUUUACAAGAAGUUACCCAAGAAGUGCACUAUGAAAACUACCGUUCAGAACGUCUUGCCAAAGGUGCUCCAGUGCCAAAACGUGCCACAGCUGCAUCUGAAGACAAAACUGGAGAAAAAGAUCGUAUACUGCAAGAGAAAGAAGCUGAAUUACGGCGCAUGCAAGAAAUGUUGGCCAAAAUGCAAGCUCAGAUGCAGCAGCAGCAACCUUAGGUGAUACAAAAAAAUAUAAAUUGAUGAUUUGCAUUAUUGUAUCUUAAUCUGAGUUUGUAAACUUUGUUUCUUGAACUAUAAUUAUUUGCCUUUUCCCUGUAAUGUAAAUGGCAAAUUGUGAGAAAUGGCAACAUAUCUUCGAGAACUAGUUUUUAUAAUACAUACAUAUUUGUUCCUUGAAAGUAUCUCUCCCUUUAAUGCAAUAUUUAUGGCAUUACCUUGAACAAAUUUCUUGGUAUAUUUUGACUCAUGUCGUAGUAUUGUUAAGGGAUAAAAAUAGUUUUUCACUGAGAAAUGCAUUAAUUUAAAAAUACAAUUUGACUCAUUAAUCCCAUAAUGAGAAGUUAAUCUCUUAUCGUUAGGAGGCGGAUUUUAAUGAAAUGUCAUUGUUUUUCUUUUCACUUUAGAACAAUGCAUUUUAGUAUAGACAUCAUGUUAUGAUAAAAGGAAAUGACCUUUUAUUUUAUCUUAUUUUAUUUUAUUUUUUUCCCAUUUUUUGUUGAUUUCAAUUAAUAACUAAUUUUUUAUCUUCUUCCAUAAUUUUUAAUGCAUUUGUUGCCGAUUUCAUGGAUUUUAAUAUAAUUUUAAUGGUUCUUGCUUCAAAUAAUAUUUACAAGAUGCAACAAAUUCUGCCCAUAGAAUUCCUGACUAGCCUAUUCGAUUUCUUCGCUCAGAAAUUGUAAUGACAGCUAUUGUCAGAAUGUCUUAAGGUUCUUGUGGGGUCUAUCCACACCAUUCAGCCAAUUUGCCAAUAACUAAAGACAGAUAUUUCCUGGUAAAAACAGUAUGGACCAAAAGUUUGUUACCUGAGUUCACUUGAACGAAAGAAAGAAGCCUCAAUAACAUCAGUAACAUAUCUUACAGCUAUAGUUGUUCAUAUGAAAUGGUUUUGAUCAAAUUUUUUCCGUCAUUUUUCUUUGCUUUUAGAGCAUUUUAUUGAUCAUUUUUUGAUAUUGUAGGUCAUCAAAAUCCGCCUCCUACUUAUCAUUAAAAGUUAUGUGUGAGAAGAUAUAAAUUUUAAAAUAUAUGAAAACUUCAAAUGUACUGUCUAUGCAAUAUUAACUACUUAAAAACAAUUUGGGAUAAAGGGAGAGUUGCAUGAUUCGUGUUUUCAAACUCUAAUGAGUGAGAUUAUACAUGCCACUACUUGAAGCCAAGUAACAAUUUGAGAAAUGAUCUUGUAAGAAAGUAGAAUUGUAUGUUAAUAUUUUAAAAUUUCUUUGUGAAGGCAUCAUUGUACUUAUGGUGUAUAGAUUUCAUGGGUGGUAUCCACGGAUGACAAAUUGAUGAGCUUGUUAAUUUUUGCACAGAAUUGAAACCAGCUUGUCAUUAAUUCCUGAAGAUGGAAAUUAAACAAGUAAUUUUCAAUGCUAAUCUGACAAUUGGUAUAUUUUGAUGGCUAUAGAUUUCUUGGAGAAAUAGUUGCCAAAAAAUGUGCGAGUGAUUGGUCAUCAAGUUCAUAUUGUAUGAUAAAACAUUGUUUACUUGUCUGUUCAGUUUUUAUGGCCUUUAGAUUUGACAAAUACUUUGAGAAACAGUUAUGACGUGAAAAUUUAUGGUUUAAUGUUUUCUGGUAUGUGUUGAAUUAUAUCUGAUCUGGAAAAUUAAUUUAAUUGUGGUAUUUAACUGCAAAUUUAAAGAACAUAUUUAUAGAGACCAAGAAGGAUCUGCUUUUCGACAGCUACUGCUUGGUUUCUGCAGGAAAUGUAACAGCAGCAUUAUUUCCCAACUUCAAAAAAACUGGUCUGUUGCUUUCGUACAUAGAGUAACUUCUCGAUAUCGUUAGACCUUAUUUUUAAGUCAUCAUCGCCUAUUUUUCAGAGCUGGGAGAAUUAAAAAGUUUCUGGUUGUAUUGGAUCAUUAUCAUCUUAAUACAAUUGGUAUUUUAUUUUGCUUCAAUUACGAGAUUAUUCCAGUAUUUUGAAUGGAGCUUAGGUGUUUCAUUUGUAGGUUGAGUUCAGAUGUUGGGUGGUUAAAUAGUAAUUUUUGGCUAUUCCUAUAUCCAACCAACCUGUUACCAUUCUCUACUUGCAUUUGAUUUCGAAGAUUCUAUUUCAAAAAAUUAUCAAUAUAAUGACAAUUUGGAAAUACCACAUUAUAUAGGGACAAAAUUAAUCAAUUAGGCAAGCUUUCUGGAAAAUACUUUAUAAAAAAAUACCCAUUUUUGAUUUAGUGAAAAUGCAUAGUUUCGAGUAAAACUAAAUAAUUCUUGCUCCCCCCCCUUCUUUUUCUCUCUCUCUUCCUUCUUCUUCUUCUUCUUCUUCUUCUCCUUCUUCUUCCAAGCACUUGUUUAUUCUUAUUAAUUUUGCAUUCAUAUGUAUGUAUAUAAUACAAAAAUGUGAGUAAAGUUCAUGUUAACGCUUCAGUUUUAAUUAUAAACUAGUCCGAAAAUUUUUUUUCAAUUGAGAGUAGUUCUUUGUGAAUGAAUAAUUGUUGCCAAUAAUAUUCGCAUUGUAAGGGACUACAUUUUCCAAUCUUUCAAUUAACAUAGAAUUAUAAUUAAUUGUGAAAGUAAUUUCUUUUGUCUGCAGAUUUUUAACUCGGCUUCUUAUGUUCAUAUGCAUUCUUGGUAAUUAGUAAUUUGGAUUAUAAAAUAUUUAAGAGAAUUUUAAUACUUUUUCUUAUCUGUACAUAAAAACUGUAAAAUAAUUAUAUAAAUGAAAGCUGGGACCUUGUGCAAACUAUGGAACAUUUUCAGUAGAUUUUGAUUUUUAUAUCCAGAGUUCAUUUCUUCAACUCUAUUUGGUUAAUGAAAAAGACAUGUGAAAAAUAUGUGUUAUCAUGGAAACACACGUUCUUACGUAAGAAAUGAGUACAUUUCAACACAUUUUGUGAUAUUCAGUCAUGAUUGUAUUUGUAGGUAAAGAAAGGAUAAAGUAUUUGCAUUUUUUUUUACAGCCUCCAAACAUUUGUUAUCCAGGGAAUCUCAUUUUUAUAAUCUAGUCUUGAUUUUUUUUUUUUUUUUUAAGAAUGGCCAGGAGCAAUCCUUCAGUUUUUUGGGGAAAGAUUGAUUUCUCUGUUAUAUGUAUUUUAUAAAUGUAGUUCUGUUCAUUAACAUACAUUUUCUUGGUAUAUAUGAUUCUGCUGAUAUCUUGAUUGAAAGAAAGAAAAUAGGUUUGGAACUAAGCAAACAUUAAUCACAAAUUUUGUAGACAAUUUAAUUUACAUUUGUUUUAUGCUUUUUUGCUUAAAUUUUUCCUUCCUUGAAACAAAGUGACACAAUAUUCUAAUAAAAUAUGAGCUGGACAAACAACAAAAGAACACACCUAACCAUGUGAAGACUUCACGACUAUUCUACAGUGCGACAUGAAUGCUCAUGGUACUUGAAAUAUUGACAAAUGUAUCACUCCAUGCAGGAAAGCUCUUACAUAAUGUAAGAUCUUUAUUUCAAUAGUUUGCAUUUAUGGUCAGUAUUAAAUAUCCUGUUAAUUUGAGUGAGUGACCUUGUCAACAAUUUGUACAAAUUUUUAGUUGUGAGUGUACAAUUUUAUAAUGAAAAUUUGCCUUGUGUAUGUUAUUUAAUACAUUUAUCUGAAUGAAAAAAUUAAUAUAACUGGCUUUUGUGUGUCAUGAGAUUUGAAAAUUAUUGUAUGACUUUAUGUGAAAUGUUUGCAUUGUGAACAACUGCUUUUCUCAUGAUAAAGGAGGGUAUGUUGUAUUAUGAAUCUCGUGUAAGUAUAUAUGGUCAACUAUUUCAAUUAUAAAAUAUUUUUAAGAUUUCAUGAAUUGUGAAUCAUGUUCAAAAUACUGUCCCUGGGAGUCUUUCUGGACAAGUUGUUGUAUUCUUGUCAAUAUUUACUAUUCCUUUUUAUUCUACUGAAUUGUUCAUUGUAAGUCUGUAUUAUUUUAUUCAUUUUAAUAUUAUAUUGUAAGAUGUGCAUGAGUUUUAUUUCAUGAAUUGCUAUUUAAAAUUUUGUUUGUAUGCUAAACAUUCAUAUAUUAUUUAACUUUUUUUAAUUUCCAGUGAAGGAAGUUGAAAGUGGAACAGAAUAAAAAUGAAAAAUAAUACCUCAGAACCAUUUAUCACUUUCUUUUAAUUAAGUAGUUGUCUCUACAUUUAAAUUUUAGUCUUAUAAUAUGUUUCCAACUUCCUGUUAGAUGAGGAUAAUUGUAUGAAUCUCCCUUAUUUCUCUCUAAAUGUUUUGUUUGUAGACAUGCAAACCAGUGUAGGAAUGUAUCAUGCUGACCAAAUAAUUUUUACGAUAAUGUUAAUAAAAUAUUUUUGAUUGCUCAGAUCAAUUAUUCUGAUAUGUCAAAUGUAUUGCUAUAAAUAUGACUAAGUAGUCAUGAACAUUUUUCACUAUAAUAAACAACAGUUUUUUAGUGUGAAUUUUAUGCUGAACAAAAGUUAAUUUGUUGCCAAGGUAAGACAUAUUUUUAGAACACACCAAUGGCCGGGUUUUUGAAAUAGAUAAUUAUGUAAAGGUAGAAGGAAAAUUGACAUUUACCAUUAUGUCAAAUUUAUUCCAUUAGAGACAUUGUGAACCAUUGUGAAAGAUUGAGGAGGGGGGGGGGACAAUUGAAUCUAUACAGGUCUCUUCAGUCAUUAUUAUUAAUUUAGUUUAGUGAAGGAAGUAGUGACUACUAGUGAAUGUUAAUUACUGCCAACUCACUCAGUAGUGAUCUUUGAAGAUUAGAAAAAAUCUUAUUUUUAUCAGUUGUAGGGUAUGAUUGUGUAUGUCAGCGAACAUGUUUUAGUUGUAACUUACUGAAUUGUGAAACGAGUGCAAACAUGGAAACACAUUUUUUUAUUAACUUUGAGUGGUAUUUGCAUUUGAGACAGACUAAAAAGUGGUGGUAGUGUGAUGAAGAUGUUGAUCGGCUAAUCUGCUCUGUCUUUUCUCAAGUUUGUUUAAAUAUUAUUUCUAUGGUUUUAUCACUUAGUUUUGUGUGUAUGUUGAUGAUGUUGAGUUGUCCUUCCCAGAAUUUUGUUCUUCUAUUGUUUUAUUUAUUUUGACAUGCAUAGUAUGACAUUUUUCUAUACAAAUAUUGGAACUGAAUAGCAUCAUUAAUAGUUAUUUAUUGUAUAAGAUAAUAAAGUAUCUUUGUAAAUAAGUCAGGCAAUAAAGAGGGCCAGUAGCAACAUGUUAUCAAUUAAGAAGUCUCCUAACCUGAUGAAUACUUUUUUUGUUUCAUUUGAAGGUAAGUGAAUUACUGCAAUUUUGCACCAUUUGUAUACUACCACCACUUUUCAGCCCAGUUUUAGUAACCAAUUAAAAUAUGUGGUCAGGUAUUUUACUCUAAAAAUAUACCACCUUGUGUCGUUCUUAAACACAAUAACAAACAACUGUAUGAAACGUAUAUGAAUGCAACUCAAAGUUCAGGUCAGCAUUUCAUUGGAUUAAAAAAACAGAAAGGAGCGAAGUAUUUGUUGUAGUGUUGUAAUUAAUCAUUCAUGAACUCGGUGCUCUUCUUCGAUUGAAGCAAGUAGACUUUCUUUUUUAAAUUAAUUAAUAGGAAGGUAUAUUAUUCAUUGCUGUUUACUGCUGAAAAUAAUGACAUUAUGAAAAUAUAAUUUAUACUAUAUUUUUCAAACCGUUUCUGCUCUUUUGUCAUCUUUAAAUGUGUUUCUUCUUUUUUAUAUGUUUUCAAAAGUAUAGGAUUGAGUGUAUCAAUUUAUAAUGUAAGUACAGAUGACUUAAUAAAUGUAUUUUGUAUUCAGAAUAAAUAUG